CCUCUUAUGCGCGUGGCCCCACGAGGAAGCACGAAGUAUUACCGCGAGCCGAACGGCUGUUCGUGUUCAGUCUCGAACCUCGCGUCUAUCGUCACGGAGUUCGUUUUCGCGCGGCGCGUCCUUUCGCCAUUCGUUCUCCAUUCGACCGGCCCCAUGGAGAACUGUGGGCCUGACAGGUGCAGUGCGGUGUCAAAAUAAGACGACAAAACCGGGAAUCGACUCCGAAUCAACGAACGAGGAAUGAAGGACGAACGAGAGACGCGCACCUGCGACGCGAAGGACACCGACGACUCGAUCGAAAUAACAGGCUUUCCCGGCACGUCACGAUACAGCAGUACAUCUUUGUACACGUUUGUUUAUGUUUAAACGGCACUCUGCAUUCUGACAUUGAGAUUUAAAAAAAAAAAAGAAAGAAACGAGGAAAUUGACGUCGCGCGCGAUUCUCGACGAUAUUUUCCGCGAUCGAGAUUCCGAUUGAGACGACUUCGAAAUUCGAACGACUUCGAGGAGGGAGCAUCUAACACGCGCGAAAGGGGUGCCAUUCGAAAAAGUCGUGGGCGUUCGAGAGGCGCCGCGCAUGCGGCGUCGCCCGUGCAACCCCGAUUCAGCUGAUCGAGAGUAAGAGUAUCGCGUUUAGAUAAUUGGCACGUCGCGAUUAAUCUUACGUGAGAGGUGCAUCAAGGUUGCAUGGUCGUGCCGAGUGAAUCUUCUCGGAAGAACGGCCGAUCCGAUUCGACUCGCUCUUCACGAAAGGUAUGAGAAAGACGCGAGUAUCGUGAAAUUUUCGAGAGAUACAGAGGCGAAAGCAAAAGAUUAGCAAUCCUUUUGGGAUGUCGGCGUACAGAAGGUGGAUUCUACGGCCGGCGAGGACGCGUUUUCGACACUUGACCAAACCGCUGAUGAUCCAUCGCAGCUGAGAUUUUGGAUGAUCGACCGGGCCGGUUGAUCGCGUCAUCGCGGAGCUUCAUUCGACACCUGAUUCGACAUCUUUUUCGAUACGUUUGUCUCUCUCUCUCUCUCUCUCUCUCGAGUUGGCGAACGCGUCAUAGAAAGGGAAGAGUAUUGCUGUGAAGGUGUCGUGUCACAGCGCGAGUAAUCCGGAAAUUAUUCUCAGGAGAUUUGGGAAAAGUGCAGCAGCCAUGGACUGGAAGGGGUUUGCGCUGGCAUUUCUGGUGAUCACAAUAACGAGGCACGGUAGCAAGCCCACACACGCAGCCCAGAUACCUCAACUGCCGACGUCGACCGCGACAAUAGCGAGCACCGUGCAGAUCGAGUGCGCGAGCGAGUCGAUAAUAGUUCACAUCUCGACGGAGGGCAACACGGACUUCCACGGUCUGGUCUAUCCACGCGGCUUGUCGAAGAACAGUUCCUGUUUGCAAGAGUACAGGAGUCAGCCCGCUCCGAUCAUCUACAAUCUGCCGCUCAGAUCCUGCAACACCAUGCCUACCGAAUUGGAGGAUGGUGGUAUCGAGUACUUCAACACUAUCGUGGUACAGCCACACCUAAAGCUGGUCACGAAUCAGGGCAGGGGUUUUCACGUGAGAUGCAGAUACCAGACGCGCGACAAAGUCGUAACGAACGAUCAGACCCACGUAUCCAUGAUGCAGUCUCUGCCGUUGCAGGCGACCGCGCCGAUGCCGGGAUGCACGAUGAAGAUCUUUAGCGGCGAUCCAACGCAGCAUCAUGUGGCGGAGAAUGUGAAGAUCGGCGAUCCUUUGACCCUGGUCAUUAGCAUCGACAAACAAGAGAUGUUCGGCUUGAAGAUCUCCGAUUGCCUGGUACGCGACGGUCUCGGAUGGGGCGAGCAGCGACUCAUAAACGACGAGGGUUGUCCGGUCGACGGCGAGAUAAUGGGACAAUUCACGUACAACGAGGACAAAACGGAGGCCAGGGUGAACUUUCAGGCGCACAAGUUCCCUUAUACGGCGAGCGUGUAUUAUCAGUGCAACGUUAGGCUGUGCAUCAAGCAUGGCGGAGGAUGCAGUAAUACGCCGCCGUUGUGCAACUCGAUAGCCAGACGACGCAGGGACACUGCCAACGAGUUGAAGGGUGUCGAAGGCUUGGACGGUACCCCAGCCACGAUCGAGGUUUACAGCGGUCUUUAUGUCAACGAAGCCUCGGACGUUGGUUCGAAAGCGGACUUCUCCGACGAUGUCUUUAGAGAAAGGGCUAUCGACGACCCGAACACCAUUUGCAUAUCGCAGAGGAGCUUCGCUAUUGGGAUUGCCAUCGCAGGUCUCAUACUCAUGCUGGCAGUGGUAGCUGCUAUCUUGGUACUGCUCGCCAAGAGACGACACAAGAGCGUGUCCACGACGGGAUCGUCCAUUUACAGUGGACCUUACACGAACACUGCUUACAGCCACAGUAGCUAA